CGAUAACGCCUAAACACCCUCGAACAAUCGCCAACAUCAAACAAUGUCUUUCCGAGGCGGAUCAAGAGGCGGUCGCGGUACCGGCGCAAAUGCUGGUUUCAGUGGUGGUAGAGGAGGAUUCGGUGGUCGUGGUGGAGGACGCGGCGGUUUCCAGCAAAGAGACAAUGGUCCUCCAGCAGAUGUAUUUGCUAUGGGAUCUUUCCUCCAUGCCAGUGAAGGAGAAAUUGUCUGCGAAUCCAUCAAUACUAAAAUUCCUUACUUCAAUGCGCCAAUCUACCUAGAGAACAAGACCUCAAUUGGUAAAGUCGACGAGAUUCUCGGCCCCAUCAACCAAGUUUACUUCACCAUCAAGCCGACCGAAGGUAUCCAAGCUACUUCAUUCAAGACUGGCGACAAAUUCUACAUCGGCGGCGACAAACUUCUUCCUUUGGAGAAAUUCCUUCCAAAGCCAAAACCACCUCCAGGAGCACCAAAACCAAAGAGAGCCGGUGGUGCCAGAGGAGGUAGAGGAGGACCGAUGAGAGGCGGACGAGGUGGUGGAAGAGGUGCGCCACGUGGAGGUAGAGGUGGUUUCACACCAAGAGGUGGCAGCGGAGGAUUCUCCAGAGGUGGUGGUGGUGGUGGUUUCUCUCGAGGAGGUGGUGGUUUCACUCCUCGAGGUGGCGCGAGAGGUGGAUCGAGAGGAGGAUUCUCCAGAGGUGGACGUUAAAACGGUAAGAUAAAGAAUUGAAGUAGACCAAAUCUGGGUAUAUGGCGUUUAGGGAUAUGUUCGUUGGUACGGCUUGGGCUGCUGCGAACUUCUGUGCAAAAAUUGUACUUUCUUAGUCAAUAGUCGGUGGACGAUAGGAAAAUCAUGAAGCUUCGGGCAACAUAUUACACAUACUUUACCAAAGAGAACCUGUUCUAAAUUGAGAUCAAUCACCCGCCCGCCCAAAGAUUACAGAUCGAAAAGCCUCCAGUCACAUUACCUUCUCUAUACGUUUGGUCUUCAUCUACUCUCAACGAGACAUUCCUUUUAUCCAAAAAAACGUUCCCUGGGAGUAUCUCGAAUAUCUCGCUAGGUCUUCGAUCUUAUACACAUUUCAUGUGCCUAUCUAAUUCGUUGAUUACCAACACAAAAAUGCAUAAUCUCUCUCGCUCUCCAUUUUAUAGAAGCC